AUGCAAGAAAUAGACGAGGGCCUUAAGCUUGCAUCAUCGCAUGGCAGCCAGCCAACCAACUGUGCCAUACUUUUAUUCAAAGCGUUAUCAAAUGGUCUUUCGGGUACUCCGUAUACACAGACCGGGGCUCUCGAAGUUCUCCAUACCGGAUCCAUGGGGCAGCCGGAGGAUGCGAACCUUAGUCCGAACCUAGCUCAUGAAUGGUACAAAUAUAAGAAGGACCAACAUGGCUCCCCCUCCGCCGCAAGCUGGCUCCUUGAUACUGCUGCAUGGGCGGAUAAUCAUUAUCUAUUCACACUUGAAGAAUUCCUCGAUGGAAUAAUCGCCACCGCGAGCUCCGUCUUGCUCCGCUUUGCAGUGGCGACGUUCUUUUUGACCAUUGACAUAUAA